CAUGAACAGCCUGCAAUGGCCUUUUGUACAGCCGAAGUGCAAGGCGAACAUUCUGCAAAAGGUUCGGGAGGAGACCCAAGUAACAUAUAAUCAUCGGUGACCCAGCGCAAAGACUACAAAAACAGCCUUACUACUUGGGAGUUAACAAGCAGUGCCAUAACAAUCACAGCGUGAAGAAUCCACGAGGAGAGAGUUGGAUUGCAGUCACAAACCAGCCCGCUGCUACCCCAGGCCCCACCUCGGCAGACCAGGACGGACCCUAGCCGGUAGUUCGACAGCAACAACCCAACACGAACACCUCUUCAUUUGAAAGAAACAGAGGCCACGAGAGUGUGAGAUAGGAUCCGAAGCUACUAAGAGCUAACCCUUUAUUUACAUCAUCAUACCAAAUCACAAAUUGACUUCCCUUCGCCUAAUCCACACAAACAAUGAUAACCCUCAACCCUACCCCCCUCAAGCCACAAUCCCUCCCCUCAAAACUCAUCUUAAUCACCGCAGCAGCACUAUGCAUAACCAUAAGCGCAGAACUCCUCAUCCGCCCGGUCUUUAAAUCUAGACAUAACUCUCGAUCGUCUCCACCACCAUAUAUCCCAUCUCCGGUUAAAACCCUCUCAAAGGCCGCUCUCAAGAAAGCGCCGUACCCGCCCGAGGACGCACUCCCGGGAGCCCGCGACGUCUCGACGCCGUACGGCUCGAUCCGCGUGUACGAGUGGGGCCCCGAGGACGGAGAGUGCGUGCUCUUCGUGCACGGCAUUAGCACUCCCGUUGUUGCGCUCGGAGAACUUGGACAUGAGCUGGUGAAGAGAGGGUAUAGGGUUAUGCUGUUUGAUCUCUUCGGCCGCGGGUACUCCGACGCCCCGUCCGACCUAACGUACGACGCGCGUCUCUACACAACACAAAUCCUCCUGGUACUCGCUUCUUCCAAGCUUCCCUGGUCAAAUUUCCAUCUCGUAGGAUACUCCCUCGGUGGCGGCCUCAGUGUCGCAUUCACACGGUACUUCCCGCGUCUCCUACGCUCUCUGAUCCUCAUCGCUCCCUGCGGUUUCAUCCGCGACAAACACGUGGGCUGGCGCAGUUGGCUGUAUUACAAUUCCGGGAUAUUACCCGAGUUUCUCGUAAAAUACCUCGUGAGACGACGGAUCCGUCCUGUUGUAGCGAAAAAGCCCACAGCAGCGGGAGCUGAGGAUAUCUUAGCUGCUGAAGGAGGUGAGAAACAAGGGCAUAAGCGGAACGUCCGGGGGGACGGGGAUUCUACCGGCGGCGCGGGGUGGGACAGCGCGCCGAUCUCGAAGGCAAGGCCGGAUGUGACAGUUUCGGACGUGGUGGCCUGGCAAGUAGAUAGUCACGAGGGGUUCGUGAUGGCGUUUCUAAGCACGAUCCGCAAUGCCCCUAUUUACGCGCCCCAGGAGGAUUGGCAAGCAUUAGCGAGGAUACUCCAGAUUAGGCGGUGUACACGAAGUACUGGCAUUCGCGCUGACGACGACGAAACGGAGUUUGAGGCCGGACUGAAAGGGGGCAAGAUCUGCCUUGUGCUAGGGAAGGAUGAUGGCGUGAUCGUCCCGGACGAGAUGAUCGAGGACACAACAUCGGUGUUGGGUCGCGACGCAUUUGAGUUUGUGGCCCUUGAGGGAGGACACGAGUUACCUUUUACAUCAAGUGGCAGGGUCGCAGAGUCCAUCGAAGGCUUCUGGAAAAUUAUAUAGAGACAUCGGGGCUUGAUAAACUUUGAGAUGGGUGGGAACAGGUACCAAGCGACAGGGAAUAUUUUGAAGCGUACACGUCAAGAAAGCAAUAAUUACCCUAGAUUUGUAGCCGAUGAUUACCCUACGUGGAACGUGGUAAUAUAAUUAAAUUUAUAUCAGUUCGCGAGCCAUAUCUGACGGAUGACAGAAUAAUUCAUUAAAUGGA